AUGGCGAAAGUCAAGAAAAACCUCAACUUCCAACGUUACCUCGACCUCAAGAAGGAAGACCUAGAUCUCCCUUCCCUUGAAGAAGAUACAAAGGGGUACUACACUGUUGAGGUCGGGGAACGUUAUUGUCGGGUGGAGGACUGCGUCAACGACACUCUCUUCACCUCCACCAACAACCUUCGCAAGCACAUCCUGAAGCAGCAUCCUGAGGUGCUUCUGACUGGCGAGGAAUCGGGUGGUCGCCCUACGCAGACCGAGGAAGCUCGCGCUAUCAAGUUCUACAACGACAUCAUGAAGGCCUACGACGAUCGCGAGGCAGAGAAGGAGGAGGUUUUGCCUGAUCUUCCCCUCAAGAAUGAUGGAUCGGUGAAUAUUACCAAAAUGCGUCGCGCUAUCCGGGCUAUGAAACUUCCUGUGCCUUGCGAGGUCUGCAAGGACAACGACCAGCCUAAGCUCUGCUGCCACGACGACGUCAAGGACACUUGCGAACACUUUGAUAUGUUCGUCGACCCUCGCGAUCAGGAGGAUGAUGGGGAUGAGGCUUAG